CGGAAGUGGCGCGUGAAUGAACUGAAAAUAAAAGUUCGUCUUCAUUCUUCGAAACACAAACCUGUUCGACUGAUUUAAAAACAAUAAACUUCAUUCUUUUUAAACGGGACGGUUCCUCGUAUAAUUGGACAUUAUUAUUGUUGUAGGGUUGAAAUGACUCGAGUGUUCGUGUACGGCACCCUGAAGAAGGGUCAGCCCAAUGAUUCCAUAAUGCUGGAUCCCACCAUAGGGACAGUAAAGUUCCUCGCGAGAGCUCGAACCGUGGACCCGUAUCCCCUCGUGAUCGCUACCGGAGACAACAUCCCCUUCAUGCUCAACAAACCCAACAACGGUCAGCGGGUCGGAGGAGAAAUCUAUGAAGUGGAUGAUGAGAUGCUGCAGUUCUUGGACAGGUUUGAAGAUUGCCCAGAAAUGUACCAGCGUACUCUGGUCCAGCUGGAGAUCGAAGAGUGGGUCGGUGAGGAUGAAGACAAACCGAAGACUGGCGAUGUCAUUGAGAGCUUUGUCUACACCACGACUACAUACCAACCUGAAUGGCUUCAAUACCCAACAUAUGAGAACUAUGACACAGAUGGAGACCACGGCCUGAAAUAUGUGUGUCGUGACAAAAGAGGACAAGAUGUGCAGUGAUAUAAUGUAGAAAUAACAAAUGAGCAAAAUACAUCUUUUUCUAAUUGUCGUUUAAGACGGAGAACAAAGCAAACCACAGCUGUUCGACAGAACCCAUCAGAAAAAUUCUUCUGGAUUUAAUGAAUCAUAUUGGUUUUAAUGGGAAUUAUAACGGUUUCUAUGGGAGUCUACUGGUAAUGUGUUUGAUUUUUUUGGUGGGAUGUUAUCUGUACCAAUAUAACACUAUUAAAUCUACUGGAAUAAGACCCAAAAUACAUUACAUAAAGGACUGUUUAGUGGUAAACAGCUGGUGGUUUAUAGUCGUGGGAUUUGUAAUCAUUAGAAUUUAUACUUAAGUGGCAUGUAAAUUAAAAUAUAUGUGAAAUACUGCUGUACUGUAUUCUCUUAGGAAAUAGUAAUUGAAAAUGUUGAUUUUAUUGUGGGAACAUGUUAACCUGUGAAUUAUUUCAUGAGAAAAUAAUUUGUAUUGCAAUACUGUAUAUGUGUUUAACACUCCAAUAUCUGUAUGAUCUGCAUUUAUACAGAAGUGAUCAAACCUUUGCAGUUUUGAAUAGAUGAUUUUAAACUGAGCUUCAGUUUCAUGAUUAUUGUAAAAUGACACAAAAUGCAAUGCAUGACAUAUAAAUGAAUUUAUUCUGAAGAUAUUCAA